AUGAGUUCAAGUGAGAUGCUGUUAUGCAUCCUACUUAAACCUGUAACUUGGUCAUUACAUGACAUUCGUCGCAGCGAGCUCGCACCUGGACACGGGUUACGGCCGAUUUACUAUGACGGUACUCUCGAUAGUACGUCAGAUGGUACGCAAAAGAGCUGUGUUCACUUAAGCCCUCCUUUCCUCUACCCGACCCCCUCGGCCUCUUUGGCGCUCACCAUCACUGACGUUUCCCUCAACCCAACUCUUUUGCUUUUCGAAAUAUCAUGGCUGAUUGGUCAAAUUAUCCAUAUUGCGUGA